UCCCAGCCGAAGGGAGGGAAGGAAGCGCCGGUAGAAGCUGCUCCGGAGGGACCGCUUGGCCGCCAGCGGAGAAGCCGGAGCAAGCGGCCGGGAUGGCGGCGGACGGCGGCCUGGAGCAGCGGGCGCUGCAGUACGAGCAGACUUUGAUGUAUGGACGCUACACCCAAGACCUGGGAGCAUUUGCCAAGGAUGAAGCGGCUCGCGUCCGGCUGCAGCAGGAAGGCUGGAAAUUUUCCCCGAAGGAGCGGCUGCGUCCUUCCGAGUUUCUGGAGUACGACCACGGUCGCUGUGCCUGUUGCCGUAUCUGUACCGUGCGGUGCCAGAAGUUCCUCAUCUCCAAAGUGGGCGAAGACUGGAUCUUCCUCAUCCUGUUGGGACUCCUGAUGGCCUUGGUGAGCUGGGCCAUGGACUUUGCGAUAGCAACUUGCCUGCAAGCCCAGAAGUGGAUGUACGGUGGAUUGGAUGCCAACGUUUUCUUGCAAUACAUGGCUUGGAUUACCUAUCCCAUCGUGCUCAUCACCUUCUCGGCUGGAUUCACCCAGAUCUUAGCCCCGCAGGCGGUGGGCUCUGGUAUCCCAGAAAUGAAAACUAUCCUGCGUGGAGUGGUGCUGAAGGAAUACCUUACCCUCAAGACCUUUGUGGCCAAAGUCAUUGGACUGACCUGUGCAUUAGGCAGUGGGAUGCCUUUGGGGAAAGAGGGACCCUUUGUCCACAUAGCCAGCAUGUGUGCGGCCCUCCUCAGCAAGUUUCUUUCGGUCUUUGGAGGCAUUUAUGAGAAUGAAUCCCGUAAUAUUGAGAUGUUGGCGGCGGCUUGUGCGGUGGGCGUUGGGUGCUGCUUCGCUGCUCCCAUUGGCGGUGUCCUUUUCAGCAUCGAAGUCACUUCCACCUUCUUUGCUGUCCGCAACUAUUGGCGUGGUUUCUUCGCGGCCACCUUCAGCGCAUUCAUCUUCCGGGUCCUUGCGGUGUGGAACAAGGAUGAAGAAACCAUCACGGCUCUUUUCAAAACCCGCUUCCGGCUCGACUUCCCCUUCGAUCUGCAGGAGCUGCCGGCUUUUGCAGUGAUUGGGAUCGCCAGCGGCUUCGGGGGAGCCCUCUUUGUCUACUUCAAUCGCAAGAUUGUGCAGUUCAUGCGUAAACAAAAAACCAUCAACCGCUUCCUGAUGAAAAAGCGUUUGCUGUUUCCUGCUCUGGUCACCUUCCUCAUAGCAACACUGACUUUCCCACCUGGUUUCGGGCAAUUCAUGGCAGGCCAGCUCACCCAGAAGGAAACCCUGGUUACUUUGUUUGAUAACCGCACAUGGGCCAAGCAGGGCUUGGCGGAAGAAUUCGAGUUCGGUGGCGUUUCGGAAGCCUGGAAACACCCCAGGGCCAACGUCUUUGUCACCUUGGUGGUUUUCAUCCUUAUGAAGUUCUGGAUGUCGGCUUUGGCGACCACCAUCCCUGUGCCUUGUGGGGCGUUCAUGCCUGUCUUUGUCAUUGGAGCAGCUUUUGGGAGGCUGAUGGGUGAGAGCAUGGCAGCUUGGUUCCCCGACGGCAUUCACACGGACAGCAAUAUCUACCGCAUUGUGCCAGGGGGUUACGCAGUGGUAGGUGCAGCUGCCCUCUCUGGGGCCGUCACCCACACGGUCUCCACCGCCGUCAUCGUCUUCGAGCUGACCGGUCAGAUCUCACACAUCCUGCCGGUUAUGAUUGCAGUGAUUCUGGCGAAUGCUGUGGCCCAGAGUUUGCAACCUUCCCUCUACGACAGCAUCAUCCGGAUCAAGAAACUGCCCUACCUGCCAGAGCUGGGUUGGGGACAUCAGGAGAAGUACAACGUGCGCGUGGAGGACAUCAUGGUGCGCGACGUGCGUUAUAUCACCCUGAACUGUAGGUACCGGGAUCUUCAGGAUGUGUUACACAGCACCAAGAUGAAGAGCCUAGCUCUGGUGGAAUCAGCUGAAUCCAUGAUCCUGCUAGGAUCCGUUGACCGUACUCAGAUUGGCGCCCUCCUCCACGACCAGCUGAGCUACAUUCGCCGCCGGCAGUUUAUGCAGGAGAAAACCCAGCUGGAGCACCGGGUGCCCGAGAAGAGCCAGGAAAACAAGGAGCCACAUCAUGUGCCAGACACAGGAGUGCGCUUUCAGAUAGUUCCAGAGGAAUCCUCCUCCUUCCUCCCUCCGCAAAGCGAACCUCGUAAACCCCUGAAGCCGGCUCUGAAACGAGUCCCCAGCACUUUAUCAGACAACCCUUCAGCUGGGACAACCGAGACGGCAGGGAUGACCUUCAGAAACCUUUUUUGCGCCAACGCCUCAACAGCCGAGUCCGCGGAGGAGGAGAAUCCGGGGGCAUCCGAAAAGCACAAGUCGAAACGCGUCCGUAUUUCCGUGGUGGAGGAAUUCGAUCCGGUUAGCGAGAUGACUCCAACUGAGGUGAUGGAAUGGGAGGAGCGACAACUCGAUCAGCUGGUCAACUUCAACAACUGCAAGAUUGAUCCGGCUCCCUUCCAGCUGGUAGAACGGACUUCUUUGCACAAGACACACACCAUCUUCUCCCUCUUGGGAGUGGACCAAGCUUACGUCACCAGCAUCGGGCGCCUGAUUGGCGUGGUGUCCCUCAAGGAGCUGCGCAAAGCCAUUGAGGGUUCAGUCACUGCUAAAGGGGUGAAGGUGCGCCCCCCACUGGCGAGCUUCCGGGAUAGCACCACCAGCAGCAGCGAGAUGGAGGCCACCGAAAUCCACCAGCUGUGGGAUCGGCGGCAACGACACUCCAUCCCUCGCGAGUUCAGCCCUUCUGAGAGCGACGACAAGUGCCAGUAACGUUGGGUGUGGGGAACCUGCCAACCGAGAGACGGUUCAUCAUUGCCAUGCCUUGGCUGUUGCUCUCACAGCUGGGCCUCUUCUAAGGAUGCCUUCAACAUUCCAGCUUUGGAGACCUCAAGAGGACGAUCUGUUCCUGGAAUAAACUGGAGAAUUGCCAUCCAGAACCUUGAAGCUGGGCCCCCGGUGCCCCAUUGGCACCAUCCUUGGUCUCAGGGUUCAUUGAAGACUUUACCUCCCCAUUCUCCCAUUGUCCCACUUUUCAAAAGCUCAGCUCCGCAAGAGCUGGUCAGAUGAGGAGAAGGGAGGCUGAUGGAGACACAGAAGGAUACAUGCAGGGAGUGGGGGAGGUAUCUUUUCAAAUACUCAUCUCAACUUCUCCGUACAGGUUCCUUGUACUCCAAGUCUCGUGCAUCUCACUCAGGCCACCUCCGAGCAUGAUUGAAGACUUCCUUCAUCUGUUCUCAGCAGCUUCGAAGGUGGCCAGUCCUAGCUGGUUAAGCGUCUGUCUUCUUCGCUGCUGUGCCCCUUUUUUUUCAGGUUUGAAAGGAAGAGGGACUUUUCAGCAUGGGUGGAUGCCCUCGUGACAUCUGUGGGCAGCUGUGCUGAAACCUCUGGGCUUCUCUCCCUGUGUCCUGAAUCUUCCCCCUCAAAUCUUCAGCGCUGACCCAGCCGUUGUUGGCCCCACGUUGGGCAAUUUUCUGGAAUGCUGACAGCCGUACUGUGUACGGCGAGUCCCGGUCUGUAGGAGAAAUCCUAAAUAAUGAAUGGGGUUUGGAUGAGGGGGUUGUUGGUAGGGCUUGUGGGGCCCGAAUAAAACAGACACUGGAUUUCUUGAACUACUGAACUAGGCAACUCCCCCUUCCUCCCUACUGCCAGAUCCUGGAAUUCUUCCCUUCCGCCUUCCUCUCUCUGUGGAACCCACUCAUGCUCGAAUCCACAGGCAGAGGAGAGGGAAAGAAGGAUGACUGUAUGUACAUACCGAAGAUUUUUAUACAUAUAUAUAUCUAUAUUAAUUUAAUUACAGAAAAGAAUACAAAUAGAAUUAUAUUAUGAACCAAGGAGUGUCUGGUGUGUAUCUAAGCCAUAGACGGUUGUGUUGUAACCAAGGCCCAAGUAGUGAUUACUAAACACAAUUCAGUCCUCAACCAACUUAUUUUAUUAAAACAGCUGAGAAUUAAUUCAUUCUCAGCUUCGUCCAAAACAGAAUUCUUAAUAACCAGUCUGUCGGCCUUAUCACCAACCUUUGAAGUCUUUGGCAACCUGCCAAAGGCUUUUCUUGGCAAAACCCCCACAAAGUUUAAGAGAUUCUGACAAGAAGCAAUGGAAUCAACGUUGCUUUUCUACAAAGAACCCAACGGCUCGUUGCUGCUCUUUUAAGUCUUAUGGGAGUGGCCAAUCAUCUUCUGGCCUUACUCCCAAGUCGUCCUUUUUGCUUUAGCUGCUCUUUCCUUCUGGCAGCUCUUCGCAUGCAUGCACUAGGAACAGGCUCCUCCUGUUCCUCUGCCUCUCUGUUGUCUGCCUCUGGAGGCUCCGGAAUCCAUGCAUUGCUCUCAGAUGGCCCUGGCCCCACCUCAGCCUCCGACACACAGCCCUUUUCUGGGCCUUCCCCUGACUCCCGGACUGGCCCAUUGGCCUCCUCAGCCUCCUCACUGUCCGACUUCGCUGCCAGGUCCGCAGGCUGCUGGUGGACCACAAUAGGUUGCAGGAACCGAGCCUGGUUUGUUCAUUGACAUGGCCCAGAUCACAACUAGGGUAAAGAGAAGGAUGGGUGUCCGUAUGAGCCUAUUUAGCCUAAAGGUUAAGGCACCCGGCUGGAGAUCAUGAAACUAUGAGUUCUAAUCCCACUUUAGAUAUGAAAGUCAGUUUGGUGACUUGGGCCCAUCACUAGGAGAUUGUGAGUUCUAGUCCUGCUUUAGGCAUGAAAGCCUGCUGGUUCCCCUGGCCAAUGACCAGGAGACUGAUUUCUAGUCCCACUUUAGGCAUAAAAACAGUUGGAUGACCUUGGGUGAAUCAUCAGGUGACUCUGAGUUCUAAUCCCAUUUUAGGCAUGAAAGCCAGCUGGAUGACUUUGGGCCAAUCAACAGGAGACUAUGAGUUCUAGUCCCAUUUUAGGCAUGAAAUCUGGCUGGAUGACUUGAGUCAAUCACCAGGAGACUGUGAGUUCUAGUCCCACCUUAGGCACGAAAGGUUCCACUCAAAAGAUUGAGAGUUCAAUCCUAGGUAGCAGCAGAUGUUUCGCUUCUAGUGCACAAAGAGAAAAUAUCUGCUGUGAGCUCUGUGGCAUCAGAAAGGACAUCCGGCCAGUAAACUCUCAGCCUCAUCCAAUCACCCCAAUUCUAUCCCAAAUUAAGGGAUUACAGAGUUGUAAAAAGGGAGGUGUUUUGUUUUUUUAAAAAAAAUUCAUGGUUAGAUGGCUUUUAUGUUAUGCAGACCCAGCUAGGGUUCAAUUCGGUCUAUUGUGGGAACCCAGGAAGUGGGUUAAACUGAUAACCCAGGUUAAAGAUAUUAUGUGAAUGUGUUCAAUGUCUACUUUUCUUUUGGGGGUGGGGGGAAGAAACUC